UUCUUCAAAAUUGUUUAAGAAUCCUCCACUUCUCUCUCAGAAUCUCAUCUGAUUUUUUCAAGUAAAUUCCCGAAAAGGACACCUUUUCGAGAUCACCAGGUUUCUUCUACCGAUUAGUAUCAUCAAGAUCUAAGAUGGAGAGCCUGCAAGAAACGCCGGAGACAAAGCAAGUUCAAUCUGAAGCCACUGUACUGGAAUUCAAAACACCACCUCAAGAUCAAAAAAAGGAUCAAAAAUCGAUAAAUUCCGGUAGUGAUUUACGCAAAAGUAGCACCCCGAAUCGCCUUAAACUUCCGAUAGCAUUCAAGUACCCUGAAAAGUACAGAAGUCCAACUGAUCUUAUGAUAUCACCAAUUACAAAAGGCCUUCUUGCAAGAAACAGAAAGAACGGUUCAAUACUGCCUCCUACCUUGAAUCAACCUAAGGUUCAAGAUAUAGCAAAGGAAGUAGUAUCUUUCAAGAUUGUGACAUGAAAAUAUUGGUGAUAAAGCUUGAAUCAGAUGGAUUCUUGAACCUGAUGAUGAAUUUUUUUUCGCUUUUAAAAUUAUUAUUGUCAUUAGUAGUUUAUAGUUUAUACAAUCUGUAAUUGCAAGUAUCUUGUUUUUCUUCAAUCAAAACAAUGUUAUAUAAUGCAUUUGAAGCUAUUUUGCAGUA